UAUUAUUCAUCAUGUCAAUUCGGUGGGGUACAUUCCUACUUGUGUUGAGUGUAUUGUAUGUAUGGCCUAUAUGGGCUAUGUAUGAACAUCAAGCAGGCGUAUUUGACUGGCAUCAUAUGUGGGUAGGUCAUCCGCGUGAAGCAGUCCAGAUGGAUCAGCAGAUUAUCGUGUAUUCUGAAAGAAACGUACUUGCCUCUCUUGAUGCAGACACGGGUGAAGUGGUGUGGAGACAAGUGCUCGAGAAUCAACUUGAACAGUUUGCUACCAGUGAAGCAGGUAUCUUGACUUUAUCGAGUGGUCCUGAACGCGCUCAGUUCUGGAACAAGACCAACGGACAGUUAAUAUGGGAAUAUACGCCUCAGGAUGCCUUUGGUAGUACGCAACCCCUCUUAACGCAAGACGGACAAGCACUUGUCAUGUUGGACUCUACUCGUCUGGUCAAACUCGACCAAGGAUCACCUGUCUGGACAUGGACGCGCAAAGCCAAUGAAAACCAAGUGUUUGAAAAGAUGCAAUUGAUCCAGCAUGGUCAUGCGAUUUAUGUGGUAGCUGAACCUGAUGAAGAUGCUGGUUCGCCUUAUUUCUUUAUUCAUCGCAUUGACAGCGCUACGGGUGAGACGUUGUCUUCGUUUAAAGUACCUUGUGGUACUGAGUAUGCAGAAGUCAAUGUGAUUGGCCAUGCUUUGUUUUGGCAGGAAAACGAUAUCUUUAAAUGGACACCUUUGGAUCAAAAGCAAGUCAAAACUGUCUCAAUUGCCUCUUUAGUGAAAUCAUUGCCUACAGCAGACAGUUUUACACCCAAUGAUAUUCGUUUGAUUGGCCAUGUUGAUCAUACAUCGUUUAUCUUGACGGCCAAUGUAGAAGAAGAAGAAGGGUCGACGUCUGUCUCUGUCAUGGUUCAUAUGGAACAAGAUGGUCUUGUGCUUGGUAACUAUUUUGGUGAGCAGGCCUCCUUUGGUGCAGUUGAUUUUGAGAAGGGUAAAUUGACUCGUGUUGUCAAGACCUCACCUGAGGAAUUGACUGUCUCUAUUUGGCCUGAUCAAAAGGAGUUUGAAAUCAAGCAUGAUUUUAGUCUAUCAGGCAGUAUCAACUAUGUUAAGCUACUUCAGUCGUCUCCUUUACGUUUCUUUGUCGUCACCGAAGGUUCCUCUGUAUUUGUGUAUAAUGAAACCUCCGUGGUCUGGUCCAGGGAAGAAGCACUGAGCAACAUUGCUGCUGCUGAAUUUAUCGAUCUCCCUGAACAAAAACUCGAACAGCGCAUUCAGGACCAACCUCCUUUGGCUCGGUAUCUGUCUCGACUCACAUACCACCUCUCUCAAUUGCGUCAUGUGCCUCGCUGGAUCUUCCAAUCCCAUGCUCCCCCUAAACCCAACCUUAUUUCUUCUCCUCAAUCUUGCUGGGUCAAUCAAAGUGUGUCUCCCAUCCUUUACCGCGAUCAUUUUGGACUGCAUAAGAUCAUUGUGUCUGCUACCAAGUCAGGCAAGAUCAUUGCUCAAGACAGCCAACAAGGACGUGUUGUCUGGACGCGGUAUAUUCGUGAUGUCUCGUUUGACCAGGUCUAUCUUGUUCGCGCUGCCAGCACCCGACAGACAACCACAGGCUUUGUGCGCCUCAACGCCCUGACAGGCCAAGACUAUGUCACUCAAAUCCCCGCUAUUCAAGACUACUUUGAAGCUGUCGUGAGCACCAACAUUGGCGUGGACAAAGUCAUGCCUUUACCGAUCGAGGACCCUGAUGAACGUACCCAGAUCUUAGCCGUCUAUGAAGCAGGCACAGGCCGAAUCUACAUUUAUCCCGAUACUCAGGGAGCUCGCCAACAAGCUGUGAAGUUCUUGCCCACAUUUUAUUUUACGCACCAAUCGACUGGCUAUCGUGUGGUCGAGAGUUAUCGAGGUAGCUUAAGAGCCGAACCGAUAUGGAAAUUAAGUCUGCCUGAUGAGGAACAGGUGGUCACGACCAGUGUGUAUCAACAGGGUAAGGUGGCUUCGUUGGGUCGAGCCCUCGGUAAUCGUCAUGUGCUCUACAAGUAUUUGAAUCCCCAUGUAGUGGGUGUGGUGAGUCAGACACCAGAAGCGAUCAAGGUGCGUUUGAUGGACACGAUCAAGGGUUCUAUUCUGUAUGAGACAGUGCAUGAAGGUGCAGUGGCACCUGUGCAUAUCGUUCAAGCUGAACAUUGGUUUGUCUAUCAUUUCUGGAGUCAUCAAACCAAAAGUUAUCAAGUGGCUGUACUAGAACUCUUUGAAGGGGCAGAACAAGACCAGCGUAUUGAAAGUACACACUUCUCCUCAUUUGAACAUAUUGAACCUCAUGUGAUUGCCUCUGCUUUUACUUUUCCUUAUCCAGUUCAUGCUAUGGGCGUCACACAUACCCGAAAUGGCAUUUCAACAAAAGACAUUGUAUUUGCUCUACCCAAUCAACUUGUCGGUUUCAACAAACGCUUAUUCGAUCCCCGUCGUCCCCUCAAACCUACCAAAGAAGACCAAGAAGAACAAUUGAUCCCCUACGGUCCUAUUCCUGAUGAAAAACGCUUGUUUUUAUCGUACCAUCUACCUGUGAUCGGUAUCCAGUCGAUCAUGACCAGCCCCUCCUUGCUAGAAUCGACCUCCUUGGUAUUUGCAUUUGGACUCGACAGUUUCUUUACCAAGGACACGCCUAGUAAACAAUUCGAUGUGCUGUCUGAAGAUUUCAGUAAGGCUCAGUUAUUACUAACCAUGGCUGGCUUAGUGGUCGGUAUCUUGAUUGCUGGUCCCAUGGUCCGUAAAAAACGUGUCAAUGCCUUAUGGAAAUAAAAUAAGGAGAUACUUUUUUUUUUUAUCUUGCAUAAGGAUCGUCCAUGCCUUUAUUUGAUUGGUUCGUUCUUUUCUGUUCUUUUUAUUAAUUUUAAUAACCGGAGUUUACUUUCAUGCUCAUUGUCUCCAAAAAUAACAGAAGCAGAGAACUCAGGCACAAAUAAAACAAAACUGUGCUUUUUUGUUCAGGAAUGUUGCAAC